AUGUUGUUCAAUUCGGUUUUGGUGUUGAGUGCCUCGCUCGCCACUUGUGCUCUUGCGGUCUCGAAUGCGGCUACUUCUCUGACUCUUCUUUAUCAGAAUAACUUGAACGCUUCGGACGAUAGGAAUCAUGCUAGUUUCCUCUUGCUUGAUAGCAAUAACAGGGCAGGUGCUAUUUCGGCUUGUGCUGCUUUGAACGAGACUCUACUUCCAAGUUCAAUCAUCAACGCGCAUCGUUCAGAUAUACAACAAUCCCUCGCUUACGUCGCAUCUACGAGAAAAGCGUUCUCAAACCAACUCUACCAUGUUCAAGAUGGUCUUCUUGAGGGAUACGGCACCUUUACCAUUCGCACUCUGGCUCUAGGGGCUCGUGUUCCUGUGCUAUGCUCCCAAUCAAGCACUUCUUCUCAACCUAGCAGCUCAAGCGCCAGUGCAAACAACCAAGUUAGCAUCGCAUCAGGUGGCAAUACCUACGUGGGUUACCGAAAUCAAAAGUCAUUUCGAUUCCUCGGUAUCCCGUACGCGAAUGCUCCGCAAAGAUUCGUGCACUCCUCAUUAUACACGCCUAAAGGUCAAACCAUCCAGGCCACCAAAUAUGGUGCUCAAUGCGCUCAAGGGGGUUCAGGAAGCGAGGACUGUCUGUUCGUUAAUAUUCAGACUCCGUUUAUUCCAAGACAAGGAGCGACUGACGAACUGCGUCCUGUGAUGUUUUGGAUUCAUGGAGGUGGUUUUACGGGGGGUUCUGGUGCGGAUUCCGGAAGUGAUGGUGGGAAUCUGGCUUCGAGAGAGGAUAUCGUGGUUGUGAAUAUUAAUUAUAGACUUUCUACUUUGGGGUUCCUUGCUAUUCCUGGGACGAAUGUUACGGGGAAUUAUGGUAUUGGUGAUCAGGUUACUGCUCUUGAGUGGACUAUCCAAAACAUUGCUUCAUUCGGAGGCGAUCCCAAGAAAAUUACCAUCAUCGGCGAAUCAGCUGGAGCAGGUUCAGUUCGAACUCUUCUCGGCUCACCAAAAGCAAUCGGCAAAUACCAAGGAGCAGUAGCAAUGUCCAAUCUCGGAGGAGGUGUAGCUUUAGGUGUCAAUGGAGAUUAUGCCACAACAUACAGCAGCUACCUCUCAAUCUCAGCGUCCUACACCACGGCCGGUCAACAAAUCUUUCAAUCCGCAGGUUGUACACAAUCCUCAAUCGAAGCUCAAAUCGCCUGUCUCAAAGCUGUCCCCGCCCUUCAAGUAGUCAGCUACCCAACCGUCGCCCGCUACGUCGUCCAAGACGGUACAUAUGUCAACACGCCCAACCUGGACCUCGUCACCAAAAACGGCAGCGCAGCAUACGUCCCCGUGAUCUUCGGAAUCGUCGACAACGACGGCGCUUCUUUCUCCACCUACCCAAAAACACCAGUCACCACCGAACUCGCCGGCAUCCAAGCCUCCCUAGGUAUUUCAGCAUCCAACGCCCAAUCCAUCAUCGACAGCAAACUCUUCCCCUACUACGACACCGGCAACAUCACGCUCGACUCCUUCAACGUCUCCCAACGCGUCGCCACAGACCUGCAAUUCCGCUGCGUCGACCAGGCCACCGUCUACGCCGCCUCGCAAUCUCACGUCUUCCCCAAAUCCUACUUCUACCAAAUGCAACGCUCCACCGGCGGCUACGACCCCAACAACCUCGGUGGCCCGCCAAAAUCCGCACAAUACCCCAACGGCAACCCCAACCUGCCCUACUUUAAACUCCAUGGCGCGGAUAUGCCGUGGGUCUUCGGCAACCUAGGCACGUUGCGUGAUUCCAACGAUCUCUACUCGAUUCAACUCACGUCCGGGUAUUUUGCCGCGUUUAUCAAGACUGGGGAUCCGAAUCCUGAGGAUAGGUAUCUGAAGAUUCGCGGGUAUGAGAGGAGUCUUGAGGCGAUUGCGGCAACGGGACCGUGGGAACAGGUGGGUGGUGCGGAGGGGAAGAUUAAGUUGUUGGAUUAUCCGUCGAGGACGGCGGGGUUUGUGGAUGUGCAGCAGUGUGCGUGGUUGGGGUAUGGGUUGGAUUAUUAUUUGAAGGGUGGUGCGUAG